UUUUGGUGCAUCCUCAGGCCCGGGGCGGGAGGUUGCUCUAGUCGGGUGUCGCCAGAGAACCGGAUGAGGCGGCGACUGUGAGACCGACCCGGGAGUGGGCGUCGCGCCGAGGCCCAGGCGGGCGGGGAGCAACGGCCGUAGUUGCCGCGGGGCCGGGUCGUUGGGGGUCGGGGUCUGGGGCGGCGAGGAGCGCCGGGCGCUCGGGCCGGGAGCCGCUGGCGCCAUGGGCAACCGCGGGAUGGAAGAGCUGAUCCCGCUGGUGAACAAGCUUCAGGACGCCUUCAGCUCCAUCGGCCAGAGCUGCCAUCUGGACCUACCGCAGAUCGCGGUGGUGGGCGGCCAGAGCGCCGGCAAGAGCUCGGUGCUAGAGAACUUUGUGGGACGGGACUUCCUUCCCCGUGGUUCAGGAAUUGUCACCCGGCGGCCUCUUGUUCUGCAGCUCAUCUUCUCAAAAACAGAAUAUGCCGAAUUUUUGCACUGCAAGUCCAAAAAGUUUACAGACUUUGAUGAAGUCCGGCAGGAGAUUGAGGCGGAGACUGACAGAGUCACGGGGACCAACAAAGGCAUCUCCCCCGUACCCAUCAACCUACGGGUCUACUCACCACAUGUGUUGAACUUGACCCUCAUUGACCUCCCAGGCAUCACCAAGGUGCCUGUGGGGGACCAGCCCCCAGACAUCGAGUACCAGAUCAAGGACAUGAUCCUGCAGUUCAUCAGCCGAGAGAACACCCUGAUCCUGGCUGUCACGCCUGCCAACAUGGACUUGGCCAAUUCAGAUGCUCUCAAACUAGCCAAGGAGGUUGAUCCACAAGGUCUGCGGACCAUCGGUGUUAUUACCAAGCUUGACCUGAUGGAUGAAGGCACCGAUGCCAGGGACAUCCUGGAGAACAAGUUGCUCCCCUUGAGAAGAGGCUACAUUGGUGUGGUGAACCGCAGCCAGAAGGACAUUGAGGGCAAGAAGGACAUCCGUGCAGCACUGGGGGCUGAGAGAAAAUUCUUCCUCUCCCACCCGGCCUACCGGCACAUAGCCGACCGAAUGGGUACCCCACAUUUGCAGAAGUCCCUCAACCAGCAACUGACCAACCACAUCCGGGAGUCACUGCCAGCCCUGCGCAGCAAGCUGCAGAGCCAGCUGCUGUCCCUGGAGAAGGAGGUUGAGGAGUACAAGAACUUCCGGCCUGAUGACCCCACCCGCAAAACUAAAGCCCUGUUGCAGAUGGUCCAGCAGUUUGGGGUGGACUUUGAGAAGAGGAUUGAGGGGUCAGGAGACCAAGUGGACACACUGGAGCUUUCUGGGGGCGCCCGCAUCAAUCGCAUCUUCCAUGAGCGCUUUCCCUUUGAGCUGGUGAAGAUGGAAUUCGAUGAGAAGGACUUGAGGCGGGAGAUUAGCUAUGCAAUUAAAAAUAUCCACGGAGUCAGGACGGGGCUCUUCACCCCCGACAUGGCCUUUGAAGCCAUUGUGAAAAAACAGAUUGUAAAACUCAAAGAGCCAAGUUUGAAGUGUGUUGACCUCGUGGUCUCAGAACUGGCCACGGUCAUUAAAAAGUGUGCCGAGAAGCUCAGCUCCUACCCCCGGUUGCGAGAGGAGACAGAGCGAAUUGUCACUACUUACAUCCGUGAACGGGAGGGGAGAACCAAGGACCAGAUUCUUCUGCUGAUUGACAUUGAGCAGUCCUACAUCAACACGAACCACGAAGACUUCAUUGGAUUUGCCAAUGCCCAGCAGAGGAGCACACAGCUGAAUAAGAAGAGGGCCAUCCCCAAUCAGGGGGAGAUCCUGGUCAUCCGCAGGGGAUGGUUGACCAUCAACAACAUUAGCCUGAUGAAGGGUGGCUCCAAGGAGUACUGGUUUGUGCUGACAGCCGAAUCACUGUCCUGGUAUAAGGAUGAGGAGGAAAAGGAGAAAAAGUACAUGCUGCCUCUGGACAACCUCAAGAUCCGUGACGUGGAGAAGGGCUUCAUGUCCAAUAAGCAUGUCUUUGCCAUCUUCAACACGGAGCAGAGGAAUGUCUACAAGGACCUGCGGCAGAUCGAGCUGGCCUGCGACUCCCAGGAGGAUGUGGACAGCUGGAAGGCCUCAUUCCUCCGAGCUGGGGUCUACCCCGAGAAGGACCAGGCAGAAAAUGAGGACGGGGCCCAGGAGAAUACCUUCUCCAUGGACCCACAGCUAGAGCGGCAGGUGGAGACCAUCCGCAACCUGGUGGACUCAUAUGUGGCCAUCAUCAACAAGUCCAUCCGUGACCUCAUGCCAAAGACCAUCAUGCACCUCAUGAUCAACAAUACAAAAGCCUUUAUUCACCAUGAGCUGCUAGCCUACCUGUAUUCCUCGGCGGACCAGAGCAGCCUCAUGGAGGAAUCCGCCGACCAGGCCCAACGGCGGGAUGAGAUGCUGCGCAUGUACCAUGCACUCAAGGAGGCACUCAACAUCAUCGGAGACAUCAGCACCAGCACCGUGUCUACACCUGUGCCCCCGCCCGUUGAUGACACCUGGCUGCAGAGUGCCAGCAGCCACAGCCCUACUCCACAGCGCCGGCCUGUGUCCAGCAUACACCCCCCAGGACGGCCCCCAGCUGUCCGGGGCCCCACACCAGGGCCCCCUCUGAUUCCUGUGCCCAUCGGGGCAACAGCCUCCUUCUCGGCACCCCCCAUCCCAUCCCGGCCUGGGCCCCAGAGUGUGUUUGCCAACAACGAUCCCUUCUUGGCCCCACCUCAGAUCCCAUCUCGGCCAGUGCGGAUCCCCCCCGGCAUCCCCCCCGGAGUGCCCAGCAGAAGACCCCCUGCUGCGCCCAGCCGGCCCACCAUUAUCCGCCCAGCCGAGCCAUCCCUGCUCGACUAGGCCACACAGGGGGUGCAUCCUGGGGGCCUUGCGCACCCAUGGCGCAGGAGCUUCAGUGGCCUGGGCCCCUCUACUGCCUCUAGACCAGGACCAGGCUCCCUGUGGGCAGCCCCUGCUUCUCCCUUAAACCUGGUUCUGUCCCCAGCUGGAUACCACUUUAAGAAAAGGGGCCCUGGUGACUCUGUUGGGGGGCAUGGAGUGUUGCACUUUGGGGGAUGGGGUCUCAGGGUUGCAGAGGGGGUACCUGUACCCUGGUACCUCCUUGAGUUGAGGAGUCUGGGCUUGGGUGGAGUAAACUCUGCCACAGCCUCCUCUGGCCAGGAAAACCCAUGCAGAUCAGGCCUUCUGGAAGCCAGGGCACCAAGGGUGACUUUAUCCCCGAGUGCUUGGUGGGGCACAGGACUAUGUCCACAUCUCACCAGUAGGAGCUCCUCAGGAAUGUGCUGGUCCCAGUGGGUGCAGUACUCCCCACCUACCCACACACUCACCAGGCCCAAGUUGUACAUAGUUCUUCCUUGGCCAUAUUAACCACAGAGUCUGAGCCCAGCCAGCCUUGGGCUACCAGAGGUGCCUUCACCACGCCUGGAACAGCCAGACCGGGCCAGCCUCAUUGUGUCUGCUCUCAGCUUUCUCUUCUUCCUGAGUGGCUUGGGUUAGGGGCUGUAUUGGGGGGGGGGCCUUUGGGGGCCUCCAGCCCCCCCCCCACUGGGUGGGCCCCAGGUACCACUCUCUGAGCAGACUUCGCUCGUUCCUUGCUCAAUUUGACCACUAUAAGUGCCUGCACUCUGUAUCCUAUUAAUAAACUAAAAUAAAGAGAAGAAACUUCUGGUGGUUA